UCCACCUGUGUCUAUCUGUCUGUCUGUCUGUUUGUGUUCCAUAUAAUAUAUAUACGUAUAUAUAUAUAUGUGUAAUAAUACAUUCUACUGAUCAGUGUGUGUGUAUAUAUAAUACAGUUAUAGAUACAGAGAUAUAGAUAUAGAAAUGGCGACAGAAACGACAGGAGUGAAGAAGAGGGUGGUGGUUGUUGGCGGAGGAGUAGGUGGUUCUCUUUUAUGCAAAACCCUUCAAACAAAACAUCAUCAUCAUUUCGAUUUCACGCUCAUUGAUUCGAAAGAUUAUUUUGAGAUCACAUGGGCAAGCUUGAGGUCAAUGGUUGAACCAUCGUUUGCAAAGAGAUCAGUGAUUAACCACCAUGAAUAUCUUCCAGGGGCAAGUAUUAUCACAUCUGAUGCAGUUGGGAUUGAUGAAGAAAACCAAGUGUCAACUACAGAAGGUCGCCAGAUCGCGUAUGAUUAUCUUGUAAUUGCCACAGGUCAUAUGCGUACCCAUUGUGUGACUAAAGCUGACCGGCUCAGGCAGUUUGAAGCAGAUCAUGAAAAGAUCAAAGCUUCUGAUACAAUAUUGAUAGUUGGAGGGGGCCCUACUGGUGUUGAACUUGCAGGAGAAAUUAUAGUUGAUUUUCCCACCAAAAAGGUGAAGCUGGUCCACCGGGGUUCAAAAUUACUGGAGUUCAUUGGUGAGGCAGCUGGUAAAAAGGCUCUCGAAUGGUUAACUGCCAGAAAGGUCGAGGUUAUUUUAGGUCAAUCUGUGGAUUUGGACUCCAGCUCUGAUGGUGCUUAUCAAACAUCCAGUGGAGAAACCAUCGUGGCCGAUUGUCAUUUUAAAUGCACAAGUGAUCCGAUUGGCACGUCGUGGCUUAAGGAGACUAUUCUCAAGGAUAGUUUGGAUGAUCGUGGGCUGUUAAUGGUUGAUGCAAACUUGAGGGUCAAGGGUUUUGGCAAUAUCUUUGCUAUCGGGGAUGUCACUGACAUUGCAGAACUAAAACAAGGAUAUAUAGCACAAAAGCAUGCUUUGGUGGUUGCCAACAACUUGAAGCUUCUAAUCAAUGGAGAUGAUGAGAGGAAAUUGGUCAAAUACACUCCCGCCUCACCAUUGGCAAUUGUGUCAUUGGGGAGACGAGAGGGCCUAGCAUAUGUAUGGUGUGUAACAAUCAUUGGACGGAUCCCUGGUAUGCUUAAAUCCAAGGACCUGUUUGUUGGAAAAACAAGGAAGCAACUCGGGCUAAAAGGUUGAUUUUUAAUUUUUACGAUUGAUUGAUUUGUGCACAACUUGGCGCUUUUGAGUCUUUAUACCAACCUAGUUGGUUCAGGUCAAAAGGCCAUUUAUGUAAUUGAGAUUCUUUCAAAUUCUGUUGAAUGCUAAAGUGUGAAUAUGAAAAGCUUUGGUAUUGUUUGAUAA